AUGGUGCAGAAAUCCCGCAACGGAGGCGUGUACCCGGGUGCGACCGGAGAGAAGAAGCUGAAAGUGGGGUUCGUUGGGCUGGAUCCAGGCGCCCCGGAUUCCAACCGGGAUGGGGCGCUGCUCAUCGCCGGCUCGGAGAGCACCAAGCGGGGCAGCAUCUUGAGCAAGCCCCGCUCCGGGAUCUCCGGGACGGGGAAGCCCCCCAAAAGGAAUGCCUUUUACCGCAAGCUGCAGAAUUUCCUCUACAACGUGCUGGAGCGACCCCGCGGCUGGGCUUUCAUUUACCACGCCUACGUGUUUCUCCUAGUUUUCUCCUGCCUGGUACUAUCCGUCUUUUCAACCAUCGAUGAGUAUCAGGACAGCUCUGAAGGGGCCCUCUACAUACUGGAAAUAGUCACCAUCGUGGUGUUUGGUGUGGAAUACUUUGUGAGAAUCUGGGCUGCCGGUUGCUGCUGUCGAUACCGGGGCUGGAGGGGAAGGUUAAAAUUUGCCCGCAAACCCUUCUGCGUCAUCGACAUCAUGGUGCUGAUUGCCUCCAUCGCCGUUCUGGCAGCGGGAUCCCAAGGGAAUGUCUUUGCCACCUCGGCUCUCAGGAGUUUGCGGUUCCUGCAGAUAUUGCGCAUGAUACGAAUGGACCGUAGAGGCGGCACCUGGAAGCUGCUGGGGUCUGUGGUCUAUGCCCACAGCAAGGAGCUGAUUACUGCCUGGUAUAUUGGCUUCCUGUGCCUCAUUCUGGCCUCUUUCCUGGUGUACUUGGCCGAGAAAGGAGAAAAUGAGCACUUUGAUACAUACGCAGAUGCACUCUGGUGGGGCCUGAUUACACUCACCACCAUCGGCUAUGGGGACAAGUAUCCACAGACCUGGAAUGGGCGUCUCCUGGCUGCAACUUUCACCCUCAUCGGGGUCUCCUUUUUUGCCCUCCCUGCUGGCAUUUUAGGUUCUGGCUUUGCCCUGAAGGUUCAAGAACAGCAUCGGCAAAAGCACUUUGAGAAGCGACGAAACCCUGCAGCGGGCCUGAUUCAGGCUGCUUGGAGGUUCUAUGCCACCAACCUCUCUCGAACGGACCUGCACUCUACCUGGCAGUACUAUGAACGGACAGUCACCGUUCCCAUGUACAGCUCGCAAACGCAAACGUAUGGUGCCUCCAGACUCAUUCCGCCUCUGAACCAGCUGGAACUCCUCAGGAACCUGAAGAGCAAAUCGGGACUGACUUUCAGGAAGGAGCAGCAGCCUGAGCCAUCACCCAGUCAGAAGGUCAGCUUGAAAGACCGUGUCUUCUCCAGUCCCCGAGGUUCUGGAACUAAAGGGAAAAGCUCUCCACAGGCUCAGAGCCUCCGGAGAUCCCCCAGCGCUGAUCAGAGCAUUGAAGAUAGCCCGAGCAAAGUGCCCAAAAGCUGGAGCUUUGGAGACCGGAGCCGAGCCCGGCAAGCAUUCCGGAUCAAGGGAGCUGCGUCUCGACAGAACUCUGAAGAAGCAAGCCUCCCUGGAGAAGACAUUCCCGAUGAUAACAAAAGCUGCAACUGCGAGUUUGUGACGGAAGAUUUAACGCCAGGACUUAAAGUCAGCAUCAGGGCAGUGUGCAUCAUGAAAUUCCUUGUUUCCAAACGGAAGUUCAAGGAGAGCCUUCGGCCUUACGAUGUGAUGGAUGUCAUCGAGCAGUAUUCAGCCGGUCACUUGGACAUGCUCUCCCGGAUUAAAAAUCUCCAGUCCAGGAUAGAUAUGAUUGUGGGUCCCCCGCCCCCUUCAACUCCCCGGCAUAAGAAGUAUCCAACCAAAGGACCCAUGCUCUCUUCUAAAGAGUCACCCCAAUACUCGCCUAGAGUGGACCAGAUUGUUGGACGAGGGACAUCAAUGACCGACAAGGAUCGAACCAAAGGGUCAGCAGAGGGGGAGCUUCCAGAAGACCCAAGCAUGAUGGGCAGGCUUGGAAAAGUUGAAAAGCAGGUUCUGUCCAUGGAGAAGAAGCUGGACUUUCUGGUGAACAUUUACAUGCAGCGGAUGGGUAUCGCACCAACGGAAGCAGAAGCCUAUUUUGGGUCCAAAGAACCAGACCCGGCGCCACCCUACCACAGUCCAGAAGACAGCCGGGAGCACAUGGACAAAAAUGGCUGCAUCAUCAAGAUCAUCAGGUCCACCAGUUCAAUGGGACAAAAGAAUUUCUCUGCACCACCAGCCCCAACAAUGCCAACCAACACGUGUCCCCCUUCAACGUCCUGGCAGCACCAGCCAUACCAGCGGCAUAGCCAUGGAUCCUCCCCAGUUGGAGAUCCUGGCUCUUUGGUAAGAAUCCCACCCCCACCUUCACAUGAGCGCUCCUUGUCCGCUUACAGUAGCGGGAAUAGGGCCAGUGCCGAGUACCUGAGGAACGAAGACAUUACAGCUAAACACCAUGACAGCGCCUUGAGAGAUAGUGACACGUCCAUUUCCAUCCCGUCGGUGGAUCAUGAGGAACUGGAACGCUCCUUUAGUGGAUUUAGCAUUUCCCAGUCCAAAGAAAAUUUGGACGUCCUUAACAACGGUUGCUAUGCAGCAGUGGCCCCGUGUGCCAAAAUCAGACCCUACAUUGCAGAAGGAGAGUCAGACACUGAUUCUGACCUCUGCACACCUUGUGGCCCGCCUCCCAGAUCAGCCACAGGUGAAGGACCUUUCAGUGACAUGGGCUGGUCAGCCCCUAGACAGUGA